AUGAUUAGCGAAAGCAUUCGGAUUGAAUUCCAGUGGGACACAGGACAUGUAGAUGGGCCAGCUCGAGGCCAUCUAGUGGAGAGUAGAAUCAUGAAUGGUCAGGCUGGUGAUCCAGUAGAUCCACAUGGAAAAGGCUUUCAACAAAAAGCCCAUAUGACCCUUAAGCCCACCUCUUGUUGGGCCAUGUGUUACCUUUUCUGGGAGUUCGAUCCAUAUUUCCAUGGGCUGCAAAUUCUUUUGUCAUUUUUUCAGAUGCUUCAUGCUUGUCCAAGUGCUUCUCCAAUAACAGGCCCAAAAUGUGAGGAGUUUCAGGUCGGAUCGAUUUUGUCUUGUUUAGGCCUUUUCAAAGUUUGA